GGCCCUGCUCAGAGUUCUCAGAUGGGACCAAAGCUUCAGCAGCCCCGGACUCACGCACUCCCACAUCAGCCUGCGGGGGGAGAGAGAGCAGAGACGAAGAGGCAGGAAGAGAGAGAGAGAGAGAGAGAGAGCGGCGCAGAGAGCAGAGGGCUGCUGCUGGAGGUGCACGCCGGCUGAGAGCUACAGGACAGCCAGAGUGUGUGUGUGUGUGUGUGUGUGUGUGUGUGAUUCUCCUUACGCUGGGUUUUCUGAGAGAGCUGUUGAUGAGGCAGGCUGGGUCAGCUCCAUCUCAUCUCAGUCUGGCGUCCAGGGGUGACCGCGGGGGCCGAAGUGUGUGCCGCUCCUCAAGUGUGUGUGACUUUAUUUUGCAACUCUUGAACACUGGAACUGUACUGUAAGCAUUAUGACUCUUCUGGGCUCUGAACACUCCAUACUGAUACGAAGCAAGUUUAGAUCAGUCCUACAGUUAAGACUUCAGCAGAGGAGGACACGAGAGCAGCUGGCAGACCAAGGCAUCAUGCCUCACCCGGCCUCAGACAGCUCCUCUCUGGAGGCCCAGAUGAGGCUUAAGCGAGCGCGGCUCGCCGAGGACCUGAAUGAGAAGCUGGCUCUCAGGCCGGGGCCCCUGGAGCUGGUCCAAAAGAAUAUCAUUCCCCUACACUCUGGCGUCACAAUGACAGUAAACCAUGGUAAGUUCCCAAAGCAGGAGGACUCGUAUGCGUUCGAGGAGGACAGCAGCAGCGAGAGUCUGUCUCCAGAGCAGCACCACAGCGACGAGUCGCAGGGCUCGGCCUGCCCUUCAUCUGAGGCCGUUGGCAGCGCGCCGUCCUCCUCCUCCUCACCUGCCCUCACCAGCCCACGCCAGGGAGGUGCAGCCCGAGACCCUCCUGAUCAAAACCAGGAUGAAGGCCUGUCCGGUGCCAACAACAGCCAGGCGACUCCCCCAAUACCUGUUCCUGCUAUUGUCAAGUCCAAGACGUCAGACAAGAACCGUCACAAGAAGCCCAAAGAUGUGAAGCCAAAGGUGAAGAAGCUCAAGUACCACCAGUACAUUCCUCCGGACCAGAAGGCAGAGAAGUCUCCUCCGCCCAUGGACUCGGCCUACGCCCGACUCCUCCAGCAGCAGCAGCUCUUCCUGCAGCUGCAGAUCCUCAGCCAGCAGAAGCACGCUCACACACAUCCACAGUCGCAGCAGUCUCAGCUGCACGCACACACACCACAGACGCAGGCCCAGGCCCAGGCUCAGCAGCGGCAGCCCGCCUUCAGCUACCAGCCCCACCCACAGACCCAGACCCAGAAAGGAGCCAAUGAGCAGCUAUCAGCUUGUAGCUCCAGCGGUCCAUCCAGCCAGGCCAACAGUAACUCCUCGUCCCCGGUCAAGAACACAUAUCCCAACCAAAGCAACAUCUCACCGGUCAAACCUGGGCCCCUGCCAGCUAAUCUGGAUGACCUAAAAGUAUCAGAGCUCCGGCAGCACCUGCGUAUUCGCGGCAUGCCCGUCUCCGGCACUAAGACGGCCCUCAUCGAUCGACUCCGACCGUUCAAGGACUCUAACGCUGGCUCCUCGCCCUCCGGCUCCUCUGACAUCACCACGGUGACCUUCCCUGUCACACCAACAGGGUCCCUGUCCUCCUACCAGUCCCCAUCCUCCUCCAGCGCCCUGUCCCAGGGAGGCUACUACCCUUACCCCAGCACCUCCUCCACCCCUCCCAUCUCUCCGGCCUCCUCCGAGCUGUCCCUCAGCGGCUCGCUCCCCGACAGCUUCAGCGACGUCCCCAUGUCCUCGCCGACACAGUUCGCCCUGCAGCCAUCUCCGGCCCAGCUCAACAUGGAGGACGGCCUGGGAGGAGGCAGUCUGAGCGGGGGAGGACUGAGGGCCGGGGAUGGUGGAUGCAUGGAUGGCGUGGAAGCCGAAAAAGAUAAGAUGUUGGUGGAGAAGCAGAAGGUGAUAGAAGAGCUGACGUGGAAGCUGCAUCAGGAGCAGAGACAGGUUGAAGAGCUGAAGAUGCAGCUCCACAAGAGGAAACGCUGCUAUGGAGCAACACAGGACGCCAUCCCGCCCCCAUCCCACCCCUCCAUGCACCACCAGCACACUCCAGCCAUGAUGGGCCAGCACUUCUUUGGGGUGACCAUCAAGCAGGAGCCCAUGUCCAUGUCCUCCAGCUGCCCCCUGUCCUCUCCCAAACAGCUGAAGAGCUCUCCUGGCAGCUGCAUGGAGGAUAUGGGACACUGCAACACCUCCCUCCCCAGUAUGGGGGGCCAAGGUGGGGCGCAAUGUAUGGACACGACCCCGUCCUCUGGCAGCCCCUCCACAAUGUCCGCCUUCCUCAGUCCACAGUGCUCACCGCAGGACUCCCCCAUUGGAAAGCCUUCUUGUAGCCCCCAGCCUUCAUCCCCUAAUAACCCCUACCUGCUGUCACCCCCACUGGGAAGAGACGGCUGCGGUCACCCUCACCCCCAGGGCAAUAACAGAGCACGCAACAUGCAGCAGAUGCAGCAGAAAAAUGGCGGCCAGGCUGUGAACUGCUCCUACCCUUCUGACCAAAGAGGCCUUCAGGGAGUCUUUCCCAACUCAACUGACUGUGGCCACGGCGGCUCAGCCAAGACUGAAAACCAGAAUUUCCAGCCAAAGAUGUCAGUAUUGCCCUCACCUCGGCAUGUUGGCCAAAAGUGCCAGGUCUCUCCCCCUGCCUUCAGUAGCUCAGAUUCAGAUGCAUCUGACUUAAGACAGCCCCCAUGCUAUGAGGAUGCAGUAAAGCAGCAACUGACCAGAAGUCAGCAGAUGGACGAACUUUUGGAUGUGCUCAUAGAGAGUGGAGAGAUGCCAGCUAACGCCAGAGAAGAGAGGGAGAGGUCCUGUGUAACCAAAGUUGUGCCUCACAUUACUGUGUCCCCAGGGUGUCCCGGCCUCCUCAUCCCGAGGUUCAACCGCCACUACGAACAGCUGUGUGCCGCCCAGCUCCCUUACGACCACUCGGCCAAUCACAUCGCCGAGAGCCACCUGGAGACUCUGCUGGGAAGUCCGAUAGGCCGGGGGGCAGAGGUGGCCCUUCUUAAAAUGUCAGCCGAGGACAGGGGGCAGGAAGAUGAAGGGAACAGAGACGGCGAAGGGUACGGCAGCCCCCACAACCACCACCGCCACCCUCAUCACCCCCAACAGGACAAACUUGUGACCAACAGGGAUCUGAUGGACACCCCUCUGUCGCCCAUCAGCACCAAGGUGUCCGCUGUCCCAGAGGUGCAGGGGAUGGUCAGCAUGACUUUCAGCGAGACGCCGUGGGAGACAAUGGAGUGGCUGGACCUGACGCCACCCAGCUCGGCCACGGCCUUCAGCGUGGCUCCACCCAGCGGACCCAGCAUCUUCAACACAGAGUUCCUGGAUGUCACAGACAUUAACUUGAACUCUGCCAUGGACCUUCACCUGGAGCACUGGUGAAAGCGCCACUGCCGCCCAAAGCGCUGGUUAGCAACAUGCUCGCCAUACGCCGUCAAACACAAAGACACCAGCUUGCAAGUAGCUGUACGGACCGCUCAUUAUCAGCUAUGAUCAUACCAAAGAACUAUUGAAUUUUGACUUUUGAAAUACCUUAACAGCUUCAGUCCAAGUGCCAGAGGUUCCUCCUGUUAUAAUACGGUGGGACAUGACAUCAAGUAGACCACUUAGCCAACAUCCAUAGAUUGAUGGCCAAGUCAGACGUUGAACUAUAGAAUUAUAUUUUGACUUACGUUCACUUCACUGAAAUGAGGUUCUCAUGUUGUCCUAAUACCUAGAAUCCAAAGACCAGGUGCUUUUUGACAUGAUCUUUGUCCAUUUUGGACAACGACGCGCACAAGCUGCCAAACAAGUAUGUGGACACAUGAAGGAUGUUCUAGAUAAUGAAGCACGUGACUACAGUGCUUUAUACCAACACUUUAUGCAAUGUCAGUGUUACGCCACCUAGACUUGAAGACACAUUCUGACAAUCAUUGUAUAUUUUGAGUCUAUGUUUGUAUUACUGGAAAAAACAAAACAAAAGAAAAAGAAAAAAAACCCAAAGGACUUACAAGGUGAAUUGGAUGCUUAGCACGGCCAUUUUGUAAAUAUCUUAACUAUCUGUACUGACAGAGACAUGUUGACGUCUGCAUAUUUUGUCAGCGGUGUGGGAGACGACACAAACCACAAAUCUAGUGUAUUAUGUAACCAGUUCAUCAUUUGUUGUAAAUAUGACAAAACAAAAAAAAUAUCUCACUGUGCACCUCUUGCUAAAUACACGUGUCACAGUUUGCUUGAGCUUAGAAUAUGUGUGUAGAAAUGCUUGUCAUUCCUUUGAAGGACUUUUUUUUUUAUACAAGUGUCUUGACGCUAUUUGGCGCAUUUAUCCACAGAAAGACAUUAUGGAGAGAAACUGAUGUCUUUUGAGAAAACUUUGGUCUUAUCGAUUGUAGCGGAGGACAAACCGUGCCUUACAUUCAGCAGCUUUUCAUGAAGGAUUUUUUUUUUUUUUAUAUAUACCAGCUUCCCCUUUACAAAUAACUAUAAUUAAAGCUGUUGAUGGAUAAAUAGAGAGCUCCGACAGAAGUCUAUUUUUUUGUAGUUGAAAAUGACAAAACAAACAUUUAAUAAAAAAAACACAUCUUCAUCUCUUUUUGUUUUACCAAGUAGUUUUUUGUCCUAAAAAAAAAAAAAAAAAUCACCCUUUCUAUUCCCAGGCCCAUCACAGUUAUUUAUUUUGUCUUUUAUAUAUUUAUAUUUUAUCCUGUAUUUAUACUGACAUUCCUUUCUAACAGAUUGGGGCUCUUUACCAGAAAAAGAAAAAAAAAAACUCCAGUGCUGCCAUUCUGACCACGGACAUUUCUUAGAAAAUCGGUUCUCUUAAAAAUGUGAUCGAGUGGAGAAACCACUUGUAAAAGCCAUGCUUUCUUAAAUCACUUUCUUUAGGCAAUCAUAUGAAGAGGAAAUGUCCAUUAUAAGCACUUGUGAAUAGGAAAAUGUAAUAUAUUCAGAUCUUUACUGUGAAUACUGCAUAUCAACACUGCAUAGUACCAGAGCCAGCCGAGACACACAGGAGUUACACUAAUGAGAUGAGUUCAGAAGGUUCAUUUGUGUGUGUUUUUAACACUUGUUGAAGGUUGCAGGAAGGACUCUGUCACUGUGGUGUGGAGUCAGCCUUCUCCUCUAACCCUCAGCAACAAAGUAAAUGAGCUUACUUCCCAAAAUGUCAAACUAUUUCUUCACGUGGAUUGGCCAGUUUCUUGCGUUAACAAAUCAUGUCCUCCGUGAACAUGAAUUUCACUUUGUGUUCUGUUCAGACCAAUUUUUUGUUGUUGUUUUUUCUCCUGUUACUUAUAAAGUGUUGCACUUGCUGAAUGGGUUCAGUGGGCUAUGAUGCCCAUUCGGGAUAUCUGACAAAGUUGAUAUUCUUUCCUUCCUGUCUUCUGUUUGAAGAAUUUUCUACCGGCCUUCAUUUUUGGGUGUUUGUUUUAUCUCAUGGCGUUCAUUUAGCAAUCAUUUCCCCCCCUAAUGAAGAAAAGAAAACUCACAUCUGACAGAAGCUUCCAUGUUGCUUAGCCACUGACUUGCUUUACUAUUGUGGAAAAAAUAAAUAAAUACAGUAUUUGCCUGCAUCCCUGUAUACUACAGAAAGAAUAAACUUAUCACAGCAAAAUCAUUUCUGCAGUCACUUCUUUUUUUUUUUUUUUUCAUUAUUCGCGUCCAAUUUGCAAGAAGCACACAACGCGGCUGUUUAAUCUUUUCCGUGGGAACUUUAUUUGUAACCCUUGAUAAAGAUACAAUAUAAUAUUCUUCGCCCUUAAUAUUAUCUUAUAAUCUAAUGAACAUUCUAGUAAAAUUGCAAUUUUAUACAACAUGUACCCUGGAGUUUCACCAGUGGUAAGUUAGCUUCCUGGAAAUGUGUCCCUGUGAGAGAAGAACAAAUCUGGAUGCUGUUUGCAGUGAAACGGCGACCGUCUGUCGCGUGGCAUGGAGACCACAGGCUUCAUCAGGGGGUUUGCACCAUUUCGCAUGACAGAUCUGACUUCAUUCUCUGUUAUAUAGAGAGAAUCAUGUCUGGUCUACACUGCAUCUCCACCAACUUCACGUUUCACGUUUUACGCUCUUCUGAAUGAGCCAGGAGCAUUUAGCAAGCCUGUCCUCGAACUCGCCGACACUUCCAAAUGAUGGUGGCCAUUUUCCAACAUGGCGGACACCUAUAGAGGCCUUUGUUGUAGAAUUUCUUUUUAUUAAAAACGUAAAGGGAAACUCCAGCUAAUCUUUACACAUAUAUGUCCAUUUAACAGUCAUCAGGAGUACUGGUAAGCCUCUGAAAAAAAAGUUGUACAAUGUCUUCUGUGGCUCUCAAGGAGCUUUGUCAAGUUGUCAUAAAUAAAUAACCCUAUGAUGAUGUCAUCAAGACUAUUCUUUUUGGUUUCGGGGCCCAUAUCAAAGACUGAAGAUCAGGGUAUGUUGGCUGCUCUUCGUUAAUCUGUCUCCCAAUGUUGUGAAAGCACGACACUAAAAUUGCUGGAAAUGUAAUACAGCAUAACGUGAAAAGAAAAAGGCAAAAUAAUGAAAAA